AGCGGUGACGAGUGUGGCGGAGAAGGCCCGGAGGGGCUCUGCGUUCUGUAGUGGCGCUCCUUGGGCUGGUGGCAGGUUGCAGGCGGCCGGUGUUGCGGCUGUGGAGAACGGCGAGUGGGUCCGGCAUUUCCCAUCGGGAUCACCGUAACGAUGAGUGCUGCCAGGGAGUCUCACCCGCACGGGGUGAAGCGUUCAGCCUCCCCAGACGACGAUCUUGGAUCUAGCAAUUGGGAGGCAGCAGACUUGGGUAAUGAAGAGAGAAAACAAAAGUUCUUGAGACUUAUGGGUGCAGGAAAGAAAGAACAUACUGGUCGUCUUGUCAUAGGAGAUCACAAGUCAACAUCUCACUUCCGAACAGGGGAAGAAGACAAGAAGAUUAAUGAAGAACUGGAGUCUCAAUAUCAGCAAAGUAUGGACAGUAAAUUAUCAGGAAGAUAUCGGCGACAUUGUGGACUUGGCUUCAGUGAGGUGGAAGAUCAAGAUGGAGAAGGCGAUGUGGCUGGAGAUGAUGAUGAUGAUGAUGAUGAUUCACCUGAUCCUGAAAGUCCAGAUGACUCUGAAAGUGAUUCAGAGUCAGAGAAAGAAGAAUCUGCUGAAGAGCUCCACGCUGCCGAGCACCCUGAUGAAGUGGAAGAUCCCAAAAACAAAAAGGAUGCAAAGAGCAAUUAUAAAAUGAUGUUUGUUAAAUCCAGUGGUUCAUAACUCCCAAACACUUAGUCUUUGUAUUAAAAGUAAGCCUUAUUGUUAAAAUGCACAGUGGAGGACUGCUUAUAGAGCACAGACCUUUGUAUUAUAAUUUUUAAAAAGGCCCUUUUAAAUAAUUACAAAGAGUGUUUGCUUUCAAAUGCCAUGGGUUACACUUUUAUGGGCAUGACUAUAACCAUUUUUGUAAAGAGUAAGAGUUGUAUAAAAUAAGAAAUAAAUACAGUACGCAACUUCCUUUCAUAUUAGCAUCAUCAACGCUCUAAUCUCCCCUUUAAAUGCAGUAUCAGGGAGAUAACUUUUUGUUUGUAAUAGCUCUUUCAUCUUUUGUUAUUUUUUGGUCCUUCAUAUUUUUCUCACUAAAAAUUUGAUACUGUGAUGUGUUUGUGAAAAGUAUACUUUGCUAUAGUAGAAAUAUUUAUAUGGAUAUUUCUACUGCCAGUCACAAUCUAAAUUAAUGUUGGCAAUAGGUUAAGUACUUAAUUUACUCUUACUGACUCAGCUCUUCUCUUUUGGACCAAAGCAACAUGAGAACUAGUACUUUCAUACCUGUUAGAAGGGAAUUACAACUAUCAUAUAUUUGGAAUGUUUUGAUCCCAAGCAGUCUUUAUAUAAUUUCAAUUACAUUGUAUGUUAGGUUUUUGAUAAAAUUUGGUCAGUUUUUACAGAAGAAAUUAUUUCUCUGAUCAUUUAGUCCUAUCUAUUUAGAAACAUGUAAAACUGGAUUUUUUUUUUUUUCCUUAAGGUAAAAUGUGACCAAAGUUCAUUUUCUCCCUAAGGUCUAAAUAAAGAGAAAGCAGUUUCCCAUA